GUUGGCUAACUAUCGGGACUGGUUUGUCAAGUUCGAAUUUCGAUGCAACUACAUAUGCGUCAUAUUUCAAUGAACCUAGUGGAUAUUUACUUGGUUCUACGGCGGAAAUUGAAAAUCUACGACCGAAGUCACCACCAAUACGAGACAAUUCAGCAUCAAAAUUAGGUGGACCGCCUGGCGCCAUUAUGAAGUCCAAAUCCAAAAAACAAAAUAACAAUGUUAUGGCAGUUCCUCAACUGCCACAAAUCCCGGCAUUUACUCACCGUUGGAUUCCAACGAUGGAUGUUAAUGUUUACGGAAAAUGA